GGAAAAAUUAAUGAAGGUUGAUGAAAUUGAAAAAAAAUUAACCUAAAUUGAAUAAGAAAAAUCACAAAUAUUAAUAGAAGAUAAAGAGAAUAAACAGAAGAUAUCAGAUUUAGAAGUGGAAAUAUAAGAAUAGUACAAAUCAUUUAUAUCAUCAUAAAAAGAAUAUUAGGAUAUAGAUUAAGCAUUAAUUAAAAAAAAUAACCUUGAAGAAUAGAUGUCAGAGUUAAAAUAAGUGUAUUCAAUUAUAACAACCAGCUGGCAAUAAGGAGAGUCAAAAUUAUUAUAAUCGGAAUUUGCAUAAAAAAUAUUCAAAUUUAUACAAGAAAAAACUAAAAGGGAAAUAAAAAAUAAAUACUUGAUAUAUUCUUCGGCAGAAUCUGGAUUAAAUAGAAAAACUUUUUGGGAUAGUGUUGAUAAAAAGUGUAAUUUAUUGAUGAUAUUUAAAUCUACAAGUCAAUAUAUAUUUGGUGGAUUCUCACCUUGUUAAUGGAUUUAAUCCAGUAGAUAAUACUAAGCUGAUGAAUCAUUGUCAUCAUUUUUAUUUUCUUAGACUUAAGAUUAAAUCUACCCUUUAUUAUCAAGUAAUUUUUCAUCUGCAAUCAUGAAUGAUGAUUCUUAUAUAUCAUUUGGAUAUUAAGAUAUUAAAAUCUCUUAUGAUUUUUAGAAUGGAUCAUCACUUUUAGGAGGUACAUACUAAUGUAACCAAUAUAAAAUUAACAAUUAUUAAAAUCAUUUAUUUGGAUAAGCUACACCUAAUAUAAAGGAAUGCGAAAUUUUAAUGAUAACAUUUAAAAAUAAAUGA